GAAAAAAGGCCGAGCGAGCAAGCGAUAGAUUAAUCCGAAUGCUCGUAAAUAGUGCGUCGGGCUGAUAAGCCAGCCGACACAAUUUGUCCAGCGACUCGACUUCUCGCGCUUGUUAUUCCCGAGACGUGUGCAGGCCGAGAUCGACGACGACCACGACGACGACCGCGCAGCCACACAAAAGGGCCUGAUUGGAAGAUUGCGAUCGAGUAAAUUGCACCUGCCCCAGGUGAACAGCAAUCACCUCUGCAAACAACGUAUAUAUUCUGCCAAAGGCGAAGCAUGACGGAGAUCGCGAUGAACAAUCACGAAAGAUUCGUGUCGGGCUUCUGGCUGGACAGGAUUCCACUUCCCGUUUGGCACUCGAGCACCGUCCUCCUCAAAAUCAACUCGACGAGAAAGAGAUUCGUCGAGGAAGCUUUCUUCAAGAACGUACUGCUGCCCUACGACUAUUUCGAAGGUCCAGUACCAAUUCCGGCCGUAGAAAAAAAGGAAAAGCGGUUCAAGGCGUCGAUGGCGCUGACCUGCACCUACGACCCGCGGGUGGUGCGGCUCAUCCCCAAGGACGUCAUCGUCCAGGCCGUGCGGAUCAGGGACACGAGCAGCAGCAGCAGCAGCGACGAUGAGACCGACGUUUAAAAGCGUGAUCAAAAAAUAAAAAGGCUGUCUUUUAUAACUGA